UGUAUGCUGUCUGUGCACUCAUUCAAAAGAAUCUCAUGGCUCAGGCUGUAGUUGCUAGUGUUCUUGUCCUGUUAGCUUUAUUCACUGCAGGAACUAGAUCUGAUGAGCCUACUGAUAGUAAUACUGUAUGUUCUUAUGGCAUAUUCAAUAAUAAGAUGUCGGUUUCGAUUUCCAUUGCAACUCUAGAUCUAGUUCCAAUUGGGGAAAUAUACUUUACAAAUCCUUUGACACUGAAGAAUGAAACUAUUCAUUUUAUAAAAAAUGAUAUUGGUACCUAUUACAAUAACAGUUUCUUCAUGGCUAAACGUGGUCCAUUGAUGUCAGCCCACAUGAAGUACAUACCUGUAUAUCAACAAUAUUCUUCUAUUGAUGCUGUGUUACUAACAACUGUGGAUUUCUGCCUAUCAGGAAUAUCAGCUGAGGCUAUAAUAGCUAUAGUAAUACUUAUUCCUCUCUUCAUUAUUAUAUGCUACGUUUGCUGCAUUGCUGCAUGCAUUCUAUAUGCUUGUAAAAAGAAAAGGAAAAACAAAUCCUCUCCACUCAUCACUACUGCUGGUAUUGACAAUGAGUAUGGUGGUACCAAGUGAUGCCUCUAAACUUUUGCUGUCUUUGUAGUGGCCCUAAAUUAAUUCCAGCUGUUAUAGUUACUAUUAUUGCAUCAUAUUGUCAUUAAAAAUUGCAUUGCUGACUUUGUGUUUGGUUAUCAAUAGUUGUUUGUGCUGUUGGAUAUUGCAAUUAUAGUUUAAUCCAUUACCAUAAGUGUGUUGUGUUUUUUUAACAAUUUAGAAAAACUGUUGCUAAAUGAAUCAACCAGCUCAGAUUAAGCUCAGAGUAGUAUAUAAAACUGAUUUCUGUUGCACAUUAUCUAGAUAUUUAGACACAAGAAAUUUUAAUGGCUCCAGCAUCAGUAAUAUUUACUCUUGUCCUGACAGUUCUCUUCAUGACAGUAUCUGGUCAAAUACUUGAUCAAAAGGCUGAGUGUUCUUAUGGUAACAAUACCAUGUCAGUUUCAAUUUCCAUCAAAAGUAAAAUCCCAAUUGAGCUGCAACUAUACUUCACAAAUCCUCUGACAUUGAGAAAUGAAACCAUUCAUUAUAUAAAGAAUGAGUCAUCACUUUAUACAACAUAUACCAAUAACAGUUUCUUCAUGGCUAAACGUGGUCCAUUGAUGUCAGCCCAUAUGAAGUACAUACCUGUAUAUCAACAGACAGCUGAUGGAACUGAUUUACUAACAAUGGUAGAUUUUUGUCUGUUAUAUACUGAGGCUGUUUCUGCAUAUGAUAUAUUAUC